GACAGACCGCUGCCGCCGAAUUUAAAGAGACAGGCGAUAGUUAUUUUAAAUACGAUAAACGGCAACCAUUGUCCCUUAGCUGAUUUUUUUUUUUAGCCUCGGCUUGUUUAACUCGAUGGCGAUGGUGAUGUUGACUCAAAGUCUGUCACCCCCUCCGUCAUUUCUCUUCUCCUCCGACUGUACUGUCCACAGCUCCAGCUAAAGCCAAAGCAAAGGGUUUACUGCUCCAGCUAAAGGCAAAGGAAAGGGUUUACUGCCCCAGCUAAAGGCAAAGGAAAGGGUUUACUGCUCCUCGCUUUUUGGGCAGGCUGGCUUCCCGACCGAGAGGACGGUUUGUCGGCUAGCCAACAACCAGGAGGAGGGUUAAUAACACCGAAGGAAGAAAAAAAAAGCUCUCAAGUUGUGGCUCUCUCAAAAAAGCCUCCCUCCUGUCGCCGGGAUAAUGGCGAAGAUUCAGGCGCACAGCACCGCCAAGCAAAUAAACCAAAUCCAAGAGAAGCCUUACGUUAUCACACAAAAGCAAGUGCAGCAGCAGCAGCAGCAGCAGCACUUCCAGAAGCUGAAGGUUGAAGAUGCCUUGUCAUAUCUGGACCAAGUCAAGAUCCGCUUCGCAAAUGAUCCCGGCAUAUACAACAAGUUUCUCGACAUCAUGAAAGAGUUCAAGUCACAGAGCAUCGACACACCGGGCGUGAUCAACCGGGUGUCGCAGCUCUUCCACGGACACCCCGACCUCGUGCUGGGCUUCAACGCCUUCCUGCCCCCGGGGUAUCGGAUAGAGGUCCCCAAGAAUGGAGUGGCUUUCCUCCAGUCGCCCUUCUCUGCACAGGUGUCUCCAGGCCAGCAGGGGAAGAGUGCCCCCCCCUCUGCCGUGGCGGCCCCCUCAGGUAGUGCCUCUGCCGCCGGCGUUGAAGCUGGACCCACUCUGACCGCCGAAGUCAAAGCGACUCCAUCAGAGUCCCUGUCCACCACCACAACCACCGCCACCCCACUUGCAGGACCCCCAGAGCCCCCCAGCAGGCUCUCCCUCCCCCUGACCAGCAGAGAGAACCAGGCCACCACCUCGUCUGUGUCCCCGCCCGCCUCGGAGACCAGCCCCGUGGAGUUCGACAGUGCCAUCAGCUACGUAAACAAGAUUAAAAACCGCUUCCUGGAUCACCCCGAGAUCUACAGAGCCUUCCUGGAGAUCCUCCACACAUAUCAGCAUUUUUUUACCUGCACCACCCCCCAGAAGGAGCAGCUGGAGGUGAAGGAGAGCCGGGGCAGCCGGGGCAGCAGCGGCAUGACAGAAGAUGAAGUUUUUUCUAAAGUUGCCAGUCUUUUCAAGGGGCAGGAAGACCUGCUGGCCGAGUUUGGCCAAUUCUUACCUGACGCCAAGAGAUCAUUGUUCACAGGGAGCUCACUGACGGGAGGCAAAGAGCAGCUAAAAAGGCCGGAGGACGACGACUCGAUAUCCAAACAGAACAAGAAGAGACCCAGGCCGAUCCUCCUGCAGCACAUGUCCCCCCUGCUCAAGAAGAAAAUGAAGUAUUCCUGCACCAAAGACCAGUCGUUUGCUUCUGUGGGCAAGCAUGGCGUCUUAAGAGAAUUCUCCUUCUUUGAUAAGGUCCGCCGCCUGUUUAAGAGCCAGGAGGUCUACGAGAACUUCCUGCGCUGCAUCGCCUUGUUCAACCAGGAAGUAGUUUCUGGAGCGGAGCUGCUGCAGCUGGUCACGCCUUUCCUGGGGAAGUUUCCUGAACUGUACACACAGUUCAAGUCGUUUCUGGGGGACAAAGAGCUCUCUCAUGCCGUGUCCGGGCUGUCGGAUCGCUACAUGGAGGGGGGAGGGGGCCGCGAGGUGGAUUACGCCUCCUGUAAGCGCCUGGGGUCCAGCUACAGAGCGCUGCCCAAGACCUACCAGCAGCCCAAGUGCAGCGGACGCACCGCCCUCUGCAAGGAGGUGUUGAACGACACCUGGGUGUCAUUCCCCUCGUGGUCGGAGGACUCCACCUUCGUCAGCUCGAAGAAGACUCCCUACGAGGAGCAGCUGCACCGCUGCGAGGACGAGAGAUUCGAGCUGGAUGUGGUUCUGGAGACGAACCUGGCCACCAUCCGGGUCCUAGAGAGCGUCCAGAAGAAGCUGACCCGCCUCUCCCCGGAGGACCAGGACCGCUUCCGGUUAGACGACUGCCUCGGCGGCACCUCGGAGGUCAUCCAGCGCCGAGCCGUCUAUCGCAUCUACGGAGACAAAGCCCCCGAGAUCAUCGAGGGCCUGAAGAGGAAUCCUGCUACCGCCGUGCCUGUGGUGCUCAAGAGGUUGAAAGCGAAGGAGGAGGAGUGGCGGGAGGCGCAGCAGGGCUUCAACAAGAUCUGGAGGGAGCAGUACGAGAAGGCCUAUCUGAAGUCUCUCGACCACCAGGGGGUCAACUUCAAGCAGAACGACAUGAAGGCCCUGCGCUCCAAGAGCCUGCUCAACGAGAUCGAGAGCGUCUACGACGAGCGUCAGGAGCAGAGCACAGAGGAGGGCGGAGUCGGCCUGCAGAACCGCAACGGCUCCGGCGCCGCCGCCACCAGCGAGCCCCACAUGGUGUUCAGCUACGAGGACAAACAGAUCCUGGAGGACGCCGCUGCGCUCAUCAUCUACCACGUCAAACGCCAGCCCACCAUCCACAAAGACGACAAGGACCACAUCAAGCGCAUCAUCCAGCACUUCGUCCCCGACCUGUUCUUCUCCCGGCGGGGCGAGCUCAGCGACACCGAGGACUGGACGGACGACGAGGUGGAGCCGGAGGAGGGCGGGGAGAGAGGAGAGAGAGGGGAGAGAGGGGAGAGAGGUGGAGCGGCACCGGGAGAUGGAAUUACUAAUAUUGCAUCGUCAGCAGCAGGAAGUCAGCCCCCACCCCAGCAGCCCCCGCCCCAGCAGCUGAACGGAGAGUCCCGGCGGCGGCGCUGCAGCCCGUCGCAGCCCGCCGACACCGAGGCCUCCACCACCUCCAGCAGCACCAGCCAGCCUGCGGGCACCGCCUCCUCCACCCCGGGGUCCACACCCAUGGGCUCCGGAGCACCGGGUGAGAAGGUGGACCUGCGGGACCCCGAGGCGGAGCACCAGAAGGAGAUGGACGGCGUCUACAACCUCUACUUCGUCAACAACAACUGGUACUUCUUCCUGCGGCUGCACCAGACGCUGUGCUCGCGGCUGCUGAAGGUGUACCGGCAGGCGGAGCGGCAGCUGCUGGAGCACCGGGCGGAGCAGAGCCGCGAGAGGCUGCUGCUGGCCGAGGGGAGGCGGGAGAAAGCAUGUGACCUCGCCAUGGAGCUGCGCCUCAAACAGCCCAGUGAGGUGGAGCUGGAGGAGUAUUACCCCGCCUUCCUGGACAUGGUGCGCAGCCUGCUGGACGGGAACCUGGACUCCGUUCAGUACGAGGACACGCUGAGGGAGAUGUUCACCAUCCACGCCUACAUCGGCUUCACCAUCGACAAGGUCAUCCACAACAUCAUCCGCCAGCUGCAGCACCUGGUGAGCGACGAGGUGUGUCUGCAAGUAGUGGAUGUUUACCUGGCGGAGAGGAAGCGAGGGGCAGCGGGGGGGAACCUGUCCUCCCAGUGUGUUCGGUCAGCCUGGGAGACCAGCUACCAGUGGAAGGCUGAGAGAGUCAUGGCGGAGGAGAACUGCUUCAAGGUGAUGUUCCUCCAGAACACGGGUCAGGUGACGAUGACGGUGGAGCUGCUGGACACGGAGGAGGCUCAGGCCGACGACCCGCUGGAUGUACAGUGCCUGUCGAGCUACAUGGAACAGUUUGUAGGAACAGAGUCCAGUCUGUGUUCUCAGGAGGGAUACUUCUUCAAACCCGUGUUCCUGCCCAGGAAUCUGCGGCGUUUCCGGCGCUGGCAGGUGCGGCAGGUGGAGGCGAUGCGCUGCCGGAGGGAGUGGCACCGGCAACUGGGCGUGGAGAACGCCGGCAGCCUGGACUGCCGCUUCAAACUCAACACUCACAAGAUGGUGUUCGUCAUGAACUCCGAGGACUACAUGUACCGCAGGGGGGCGCUCGUCAAGGCCCGGAAGUCGCAGCACAGAGUGGCAGCCAAUCAGCACGACCGCUUCGACAAGUGGCACCAGGGCUGGCUGGCCAAUCACGUGACGGCGCCGGCGGACCGCGCGGUGCAGAACUGGCUGCUGGGAGAGGAGACGGAGGACAUGAUCCCCUGCAAGACCAGCUGUCUGCAAACCAAGCUGAAGGGCCAGGCUGUGAACAGAUACCAGGUUCAUUACAGCGGUAGCAAAGCCCCCGCCUCCCCGUAAACACACACACAAACACAGACACACACACACACACAUACACACACACAUACACACACACACAGGUAAAUGCAUGGACGUACAGGACAUUCUCACACUAAACAGACAGUCCCCCUUCUCUCGGGACGGGACGCAGACACAGACAGUGAAGUAAUCACGGAGCGUGGACUCGGCCCUGUUUAUGGCACGAGUCGGCACAAAAAGGCGACCAUCAUCAUCAUCAUCGUCCGGCUUCUCUGGCGGCACUCAAAGUGGACGGACACACACACGAGAAGUCAUGAAGUCAUGGAAUUUGUUUCAUAAAUGUGAAUGUCUGUUUCUUUUUCUCCUUUUUUCCGUUUAUUUUUUUAAAGUCGUGUAGUUUUUAGCUUCUAAAGCCGGAGAGCCUUCUGUCUGUGGGUGGGUUGGUUGGUUAAUGCGUGUUUAUAUGGAGAGAUAAUGGUAAACGUGUGUAUGUGUGUGUAUCCUGCUCUCUAUCCUGUCUGUGUGUAUGCCCAGUACAGGCUCUACAACUCUAGCAAUGCAUUAUUACUGUACUGUAUGUGCAUAUAUAUAUAUAUCACAGGGAUCCUGUAUUUUUAUAUAUGCAUCUACACAUCUUAAGAUCACGUGGUUCUUUACAGUGUUUGCUGUCAGCCAACUCUUGAUGUUUUGCAUUAUUUUUGUUUUCCUUUUUUGUGUUGUAGCUAAACAAGUUAUCACCAAGGCAACAAGGAGUCCUUCAAAUGAAUUGGUUAAAUAUGGACGAAGCAAGGAAAUUAUGAUUCAUAUUCAUGAUACUCAAUGUUUACUUUGUAUUGUCUUUUUUUGCAUACUGACAUUGAAAAUAAAAGCAAAAUAUCAGUGUUAAAAUAGAAUGUAUAACAUUUAUCCUGUAUCAGUUAUCAUGAAAUAAACAACCUGGUUGUGACCUUCUUAGA